AGUUUGGAAAAAUAUUAGAAGUCGGAAUUUCAGAAAUUAAGCGCUUAAAAAAAAGAAAAAAACAAAAAAUGACCGGAAAAGAUGGCGGAAGACGAAACCAAAUCCCGCCGCGGCACUGGUGGACAAUCUCCCGGCGCAGCAGAGGCGGAGGCGGAGGCAACGAAAAUGAAUGAAUUCAGUUCAGCCCCGUGUCUAUUUUCGCCCAAUUGCCCAGCUCAUCGAAAACUCCGUAGUUACCGUUAAUUGUGAAGGUGAGAGUGGAGGUAGAGGGAGGCUCGUCUCGUAAAUUGGCUGCUGUCAGAGCCGCCAAAAGGUUGGGGGCAACAUGGAUUAUCCUCGACAGGGAGAUGAAGAAACACAAACAAUACUUUAUGGACAGGCUCUCGUGUGGAAUAUCGAGUAUCAAAAGCAACAACACUAUUGUACAAAUUCGAGAACCAAUCAACGAGCACGUAUCCUAUGAUGAAAUGAUACCAUCGUACUCGUGGGAAGAUCUAUCCCCAUCGAAAUCGCCAGGGGCGCAAGGAACAAUCUCAUGCAAAAAGACAGCACAUCCUUGUUCUAGUAAGCCUUUGCUUGUUAGUUCCCAAAGAUUAAGUUCAACGUCUAGUUUCAUCGAGGGAAAAAGUUCUCCCUCGCAUGUUAAAGAGUUCCAAAGCUCUACGAGUGCCAAACGAGGAAUUAUACCAAAGGAGAAAUCUCCUCGUCAAGCUCCUAAAUCUACCAAAAAUGACCAAAAUGAACCAUGCAAGACAUUGUUAAAGAGUAGGAAGUUGCAAGAAGUACUAAACAUUGGGGGAAGAAACGGGAUAAAUGAGAACCAUGUGGAGGAGUUUGCAAAUUCUAUCUGUUCUGUUUGCAAUAACAAACGACCCAAAAUUGGUUGUCAGAGAGACUUCACUUACGCAGAACUCCACGAGGCUACAAAAGGGUUUUCGAGAAAGAAUUUCCUAUCGGAAGGUGGAUUCGGCUUUGUUUUUAAAGGGAGGCUGAAAGAUGGGUUGAAAAUAGCUGUUAAGCAGCACAAAGCUGCUAGCCUUCAAGGAGAAAACGAGUUCAAAUCCGAAGUCCAUGUACUUAGCAGAGCAAGACAUCAAAAUCUAGUUGUGCUAUUGGGCUCAUGCAGUGAAGGAAAACAUAGGCUACUUGUUUAUGAAUAUGUCUGCAAUGGCUCGUUGGAAGAACGCUUAUCAGAUGAGAGCCCACUGCAUCUCAAAUGGGAGCAGAGAAUGAAAAUAGCUAUGGGAGCUGCCAAAGGUUUGGCAUAUUUGCACGAACGCAAUAUUGUUCAUAGAGAUAUGAGGCCAGGGAAUAUUCUCAUGACACAUGACCAUGAAUCACUGGUCGGGGAUUUUGGCCUUGCCAAAGCACAACAAGAUGAUACAAUUAAUUCAUUUGGAGUGGUCGGCACUCUCGGAUAUGUGGCUCCGGAAUAUGCAGAAAGUGGGAAUUUUUCUACGAAGACGGAUGUUUACUCAUUUGGAGUGGUUUUGUUGCAGCUUAUCACUGGACGAAGGACAACCGAUGAGAUACCUGGAGGGAAAAGUCUUGUUGGAUGGGCAAAGCCACUUUUGGAAACAAAAAAUUAUCAUGACCUUAUUGACAAGAGGAUUAUAGACUCACACGAUGUGCACCAGCUAUUUUGGAUGGUGCUCGUCGUUGAAAAAUGCCUCAAAAGAGACCCUCUUAAUAGGUGGACUAUGGAACAUGUAGUACAUAACUUAAAUUGCAUCAAACAAGGGAACACAAACUUUAUUAUAGACUUUCCACCGACGGAAUCAGAUUCCUUUCCCACCGUACUAAACUCCUCAGUCGAAUGACCAGACUUGUGAACGAAAUACGGUCUCUUUGAUGGAGAUAUUUGCUUAUUUCUGAUUAGAUAUUUGUCUAAGCUAUGAUAUUUGGUAAUUGUUAGUUAAUUUUUAUAUUGCAGUACUUUAUGAUGCUUUUCGUUUGUCUAAAGAGAAAUAAAGUUGUCCUUUUGUUU